AUGGAAUCUAAUUCGAAUAAACAACAUGAUAAUUCACAAAGUAUCUGUCCACCAUAUCAAGAAAUGUCUUCAGUUUACUCAUCACAUCCUCAGCAACUCAUUAGUGGAACUGGUUAUAUGACGCCAGGUGAAUUAUACACUCAUCAAACACCAUUAUAUAAACCAAGUGGUAUUGUUAUUAAGUCUACUUUUAACACAGCUGGGAUAAAUACAUUACCAACAGCAAUAACAACUAAUCUAAGAAUGUUUUUAAUUAUUUCUGGUUUUAUCUAUUCUUUUUGGGGCAUAUUAAUGGCUAGCCUUGAAAUUGCUAUUGUUGUCAAUACUUAUUCAACAUACUAUCAUGGAGCUUGGAUAGGUCCUUUUCUGAUAUUUGGAGGAAUUUUUAUGAUGGUUGUUGCCUUUCGAUCGUAUUAUCUACUAAUUCAUCUUAAUCGAAUAUAUAAUGCUAAUCUGAAUUUUUGUUUACUUGGAUUUAUUUUGACUAUUAUUAAUUCUAGAACAACACCUCGAUGCAGUCCAGAUUCUUCAUUGUAUUGCGAUAGUACUUUAACAAAUUGUUUAAAAAUAACUCUUGCAAUUACAUUUAUACUUGGUUUUCUUCAUUCAAUAAUCAAUAAGAUUUUCAUUUAUAAAGAACAUCAACAAACAGUAUCGAAAGCAAAUUCAAACGUUGCAAAUUAUUAG